AUGCCCUGGGUUAUGCUCCACCUCUCCACCUCCUCCCACCCGCACUUCCGCGCCCUUCGCUUCAAUCACACCCCCGUUGAGGCGCUUUCAGCUGCUGCAGGGGAGAAAGGACAAGGAAGCGGAGGAGAAGGAGGAGGGAAAGUAGGAGGGAUUGUGGGGGGGAGUGGGUGGGGAGUGAGAAAGGGGGAGGUGUGGAGGCCGAGGAGGGGAGAGGGGGUGUGUGAGCUGGGGAGAGGGGAUUGGCAGAUGGAGAGGGAGGGAUAUCCGCUGAAUGGCCGAACAGGCUUUGACUAUCUCCACUUUGCCUGGCGAGAGAGCGAGUGCGCCCACCCGUUCACCCUCACGCACGCCCCCCUCUCCCACCCCCAUCUCCAACCGCAGGAGAAUGGCCGUACCGACUUUGACUAUCUGCAUUUCGCCUGGAGAGAGAGCGACUGCGCCCACCCGUUCACUCGCUUCCGAGCGGAUCGCUUCUUCGAGGCCUUCCAGAACCGUCGGAUCGUGUUCGUGGGCGACUCUACACUGUUGUCGAUGUUCCAGUCGCUGCUCUGCCUGCUCUCAGUGGGUCCCUCCCUCCCACCCAAUCACAGCAUGCCAACAGAGCGACUCAACCGCACCUUCCCCUCCCUCCUCCACCCCCCUUCCUCGUCUCCAUCCCUUCUAUCCUCCUACUCCUCCUCUCCCCUCACCUCCUCCUCAUCCUCAUCCUCAGCUGCUUCCCCUGCAGGCUCCAAGUCCCAAGCCUCCACUCCUCUAGUAUUCCAAUACACAUUCCCUCAUGCCAACACAAGCCUUGACUUUUUCCACUCUGACUUUCUAACCGUCCUGGAAUCCGCCCCUUCACAUGCUCCUGGGCAAUCAGAUACACCUGCCCCAGACACGCCUCCUGCUAGUAUGGCUGUUCCAGAUACGCCUAAUCCUUCAUUGACCAAGAAUAUGCCUGAGGGCAUCAAUAACAGCAGUAUUACUGCCACCAAUAUCGUUGCUAGCUUUGGUAGCAGUAGCAACGCAGGCAUUGGCAGAAGUCUUCUCACAGAUACUUCUGAAACCACCCAGGAGCCAGGUUCGGAUGGGUUGAAUGCGGUGGAGCUGGGUUCGGACAGGUCAGGUGCAGCAAAGCCAAGUUCGGAGGGGUUGGGAGCGGUGAGAGUGGUGCGGCUGGAUGCGUGGGCGGCAUAUGUGGUGGCAGCACAGCCGCAUGUGCUGGUGAUUCGCACGGGAGGCGCGUGGGUGGGGUUGCAGCAGCGAUGGCAGGAGCAUAGGGCGCGAAUACAUGCUUCUCAGGAGGGGCAGAAGGGGCAGGAGGGGCAGGAGGGGCAGGAGGGGCAGAGUGCAGCGAAUGAAUCAAAGGUUUUUGCUGCUGUGGCUGGUAAAGGAGUUGAGGGAGGGAUGCGUGAGGAGAAAGUGGGAGCAGAAGGCAAGGUGGAGGUUGGUGGGGGAAAGAGGAAGGCUGGAGGGGGAAAGGGGGAGCCUGGUGGGGGAAAAGGGGAGGUUGGUGGGGGAAAUUGGAAGGCUGGAGGGGGAAAGGGGGAGCCUGGUGGGGGAAAGGGGGAGCCUGGUGGGGGAAAAGGGGAGGUUGGUGGGGGAAAGGGGAAGGCUGGAGGGGGAAAUGGGGAGCCUGGUGGGGGAAAAGGGGAGGUUGGUGGGGGAAAGGGGAAGGCUGGUGGGGGAAAAGGGGAGCCUGGUGGGGGAACUGGGGGGAAUGGCGGGGGGAAUAAGGGGACGGGUGAAAAGGCGAAGGGAAAGGGUGGGGGGAAGAAGGGGAAUGGUGGGGAGAAGAGGGGGAAUGGUGGGGAGAAGAAGGGGAGUGGCGGGGAGAAGAAGGGGAGUGGAGGGGAGAAUAGGGGGAAUGGUGGGGAGAAUAGGGGGAAUGGUGGGGAGAAUAGGGGGAAUGGUGGGGAGAAUAAGGGGAAUGGUGGGGGGAAUAGGGGGAAUGGCGGGGAGAAUAGGGGGAAUGGUGGAGAGAAUAAGGGGAAUGGCAGGGAGAAUAGGGGGAAUGGUGGAGAGAAUAAGGGGAAUGGUGGGGAGAAGAAGGGGAAUGGUGGAGGGAAGAAGGGGAAUGGUGGAGGGAAGAAGGGGAAUGGUGGAGGGAAGAAGGGGAAUGGUGGAGGGAAGAAGGGGAAUGGUGGAGGGAAGAAGGGAAACAGUGGGGGAAAUGGAGUCGAUGGUUGGAAAAACAAAGGUAGCGGUGGUGGUAAACAGGGAAAUGGCGGGGGCUAUCAGGGCAAUGGCGGGGGCUAUCAGGGCAAUGGCGGGGGCUAUCAGGGCAAUGGCGGGGGCUAUCAGGGCAAUGGCGGGGGAAAUCAGGGCAACGGUGGGGGGAGCAAGGAGGCCGGUCAGGGAAAUGACGGGGGGAAUGGGGGCAAGGGUGGGGGGAGCAAGGAGGUCGGUCAGGGAAACCAAGGGAAUGGUGCGGGAAGAAAGGGGAACAGUGUGGGGGAUAACAAAAUCAGUGCGGGAAGCAAAGGGAAUGGUGGGAUGGCAUUGGGAGACAAUAGUAAAGCUGGGCAGAAAGGAGGCGGGACAGGAAAGCAGGCAGGCAGUGAGAUGAAGAAAGCGGGAGGGAAAGGGGAGAGCAGUGGUGAUAAGGCGAAGGAGAAACGCAAGGCUGUGGCAGAGGUGCAAAAAACGGGUGGACGAGGGGGAGGAGGAGGGAAGGUUGAGAGAUUGAGGAAGGCUGGAGGUCAAAAAGGAAUCAAGGAAGGUGAGAGAAGACGAUGGGAAAAGCAGGAGCCUGGGUCUGGGGGACAGGGUAAGCAAGGCAAGGGGCAAAAAAGGCAAGGCAAGGGGCAAGGGAAGCAAGGAGAGGGGAAGCGGCAGAAGGUUGGGGAAAAAGUGGAGGAGGGGGUGAUGAAGCAGGGUGGUGAUAAUGGUGGCCAGACAGCCAGUGGAGGAGGAGGAGGGGACACCACGAGUGGUUCUCAGACUGAUCCGUUUGCAGGAGGGGAGUUGCGAAUGGGCGACUUCGGUGAUGAUGAUGCCAUUCUGCAGGGUGACAGUAUUGAGAAUGACAGUAGCAGCAGUGGCAGCAGCGUUUCAAACAGCAGCAACAGCACAACCAGCAACGGUUUCACUACCAGCAGUCCCGGUAGCACUACCAGCAACGUCCAGAGCAGCAAUAAUAAGAGUCUUAGUAACCUCAGCAUCAACCCCUCUAACAUCGGCAGUGGGGGUGCCAGGGACAGCCACAAGGAGGGGAGGAAGGGGGGGGAGAGGAGUAAGAGGGGGAGGGGGAGGAUUGGCAAGUGGCUGUGGCGGCACCGGCACCUGCUGAGCUUCCCAGAAAGCACAGAGAGUGUCCAUAGGGAAGACGAUGAAAGUGAUUCUUUUCGUUCCCACAUGCCUCUGAUUCUGACUCCCAUGCCACAUGUUGACUCACCUGCGAGUGCAGGCAACAUGUCGAUACUUGAUGGAAUGGACGGUGCGGAUGAAGCAGGGUCCCUUGGUAGCAUGGACGGAUCAGAUGCAGCGGAGGGGGGUUCAGGUGAGGCAGUGGGUGGAUCGAAAUUGGAGGAAGGUGAUGUGAGAUUAGAGGAGGAGGAGCAGCAGACAGGCGGAAGCUUUAUGGCGGAUGAAGCUGACAUAGUCCUAGAGGAAAUGUCCGAAGCGAGCUCUUCAGUCGGUCGGGGCAGCUUCCUUGAUGAGGAUAGGCCGGUGGAAAAUGAUGAAGUGCCGGAGCAGCAGCAGCAGCAGGGCGGGAGUGUCAUGGCGGACGAAGCUGACCAAGUCCAAGAGGAGAUGUCUCAAGGUAGACUCUCAGAAGGAGAAGUGAUGCCUUCAGUCAAUCAAGUUACGUUUGAUGAGGAGGGUGAAGCGGCGAAAGAGGAUGCAGUGCAGGAGAAGGAUAACGAAUCUCAUGUUGUUACAGGUGCAGAGAAUGACAAGGAAGUUCGUGGGGAGGAUGUGCAUAACGAGGCUGCUAAUAAGGAGGAUGAGUCACCUGGAGGGCCUAGUGUGCUCCCACCUAACCUGCUUGACUCGGUUGACUUUCUUGACCCGGUAGCAGCAUUCACCAAGACCCUGCGCAUGCUGCACCACUUCCUCUCCUCCCAACCCACCGCCGAAUCCCUCCCAACUUUCUUUCUCGGGCUGCCCCGAGAACAUUAUUUCCGGGCAGACCAGGGCAACCAUACCUCGCUCUGCCUGCCAGACGACGUCACAUGUAAAGAAAACGGACAGUGUAGCUUGUUUUCGAGGCCGAGAGAGUGGUUGGAAGAGGGAGGGGAGGAGCAGGCACACCAGCAACGGUGGCAGCGGUGGCGGUGGCGGCAGGAGAGGGAGAGGAGGGAAAGGAGGAGGGAGUGGGUGCACUCGAGUGUGGGGCAGAUGGAAAGGGUGGUUGAGAGGGAGAUUGGGAUGGCAGACAGGGUUGUGUUGCUGCAAGCAGGGGGGUUAACUGAUGCUCGUGUUGAUGCUCAUGUGGGCUCUUCCCUCCCUGCAGAAAUGCACCAAAGCGUCGCCGCUAUGCCACCACAAGCUGGCAGGACGCCGUGGGGGGAGGGCAGCAGCGGGGGGAGAUUUUCCCCCUCGCAUCGCCAAUUUCCUCCCCAAAAUCCCCUUUCCCCCCUUCCCCCCGUGGCCUUUUCCUUCCGCAGACCAAAGCGCCGCCGCUAUGCCACCACGAGUUGGCAAGACGCCGCGGGGGAGGAAGGAGCUGAGGGGGAGGGGGACGCAUCUUGCCCCCUCAACCAUUCCUUUCCCCCACCAAAGCGCCGCCGCUAUGCCACCACAAGCUGGCAGGACGCCGUGGGGGGAGGUAGCAGCGGGGGGGGAGGCGCUGGAGCGGGGGGGGAAGGCGCAGGCGCAGCAGCAGGGGGCGGGGGGGGAUCGGGGGGAGGCGGGGGAGCGGGGGGAACAGGGGGGGGCGCGCGGAAGGGCGUGUAUCACUGCAACUACUGCCACAGGGAUGUGACGGGGGAGGUGCGAGUGAAGUGUGCGGCGUGUGUGGACUUUGACCUCUGCGCUGAAUGCUUCUCCGUGGGCGCCGCUGCCCACCCGCACUCCGCCUCGCACCCCUAUCACGUUAUGGACACCAUGAGCUUCCCUCUCGUGCAUGAGGACUGGACUGCUGACGAGGAGAUGCUGCUGCUCGAGCCAACCCCUCUACCUCUCUUCCCUGUCUCCCUAUUUCUUUCCCCCCCCUUACCUCCUCUCUCCCCCCUUUCACACCAACCCACAGGCGCUGGAGAUGCGCUGGAGAUGUGCGGAAUGGGCAACUGGGGGGAGAUUGCGGAGCACGCGCUGGAGAUGUACGGAAUGGGCAACUGGGGGGAAAUUGCGGAGCACGUGGGGUCCAAGAGCAAGACACAGUGCCACGACCACUACCUCUAUGACUACCUGCUGUCACCAACCGGUCCCUUGCCUGAUCUAUCUCGCCUGCGCACGCAAGCAGACACGGAAGCAGCCAAGGCGGCAAUGGAGGAGCAGGAGGCAGCAGAGACAGCAGCAAGGGCACAGGAGGCAGUUCUGUUCAACGUUCCUGUGGUGAAGCGAUGCUGGUGCGGCGCCAAGCACAACGAGUUUGAUCCUGAGUAUGAUACCCAGGCAGAGGCACCGCUGUGUGCCUCUUCUUAUCUUUCCCCCCGUUCUCCUCCUCCCCUCCUCCCCUCCUCUCCUCCCGUUCUCCUCCUCCCCUCCUCCCCUCCUUUACAGGCCAGAACCCAGCACCAAGGCGGACGACACUGCCUCAGCGCCAAUAACAGCGGGUUCAACGCAAAGCACAACGAGUUUGACCCCGAAUGUGACAACGAAGCAGAGGCACCAAUGCUGUAUUCCUCUCAUCUUUCAUCCCUUCUCUUUUUUCUGACCCUCCCUUCCUCCCCUCCUCCCCUCCUCCCUUCCACCCCUCCUCCCGUCGUCCCCUCCUCCCCUCCUCCCUUCCUCCCCUUCUCCCUCGCCCACUACAGACCUGAUCCUGGCGCCAAGGGGGACGACGCUGGUGCACCAAUCACAAGCGGGUACAACACAAAGCGCAACGACUUAGACCCCGAGUGUGACAGCGGGGCAGAGGCCCCGCCGCUGCCAGAGCCCAGCACCAAGACAGACGACACUGCAACACCCAUCACAAGCGGGUACAACACGAAGCGCAACGAGUUUGAUCCCGAAUACGACAACGAGGCAGAGGCACCACUGGCAGAGCUGGAAUUUAAGGAUUCCGAUUCAAGUGUGGAUAGACAGCUCAAGAUCAAGAUGCUGCACAUCUACUACUCCAGGUGCGCUUGGUUUGUGUUGCGGAUGUCACAGCGUUCAACAGUGGCGUACAGUGCAAGGCUGGCAGAGCUGGAGUUCAAGCAGUCGGACUCGAGUGUGGAUAGACAACUGAAGACCAAGAUGCUGCACAUCGACUACUCCAGGUUAGAAGAGCGGUCCAGGCGCAAGGCCUUCAUCCUGGAGCGAGGACUGCUGGACCCGAGAAGAGUGGACGGAACGAUCCGACCCGACACCACCACCGGCAGCAGGGAGAGAGUUAGGGACCGGGACGGGACAGAUGAACAACACAAGAGAGAGGAUGAAGAGCACGAGGGGCUGGUGCAGAGCCUCACCCAGGCGCAGCGACUGCGAGACAGAGUGGCCGUGCUGCAGGCGCAGAGGCUGCGAGACAGAGUGACCGUGCUGCAGGUGAGGCCUCGCAUUCCCUCGCAUUCCCUCGCAUUCCCUCGCAUUCCCUCCCAUCCCCUCCCAUCGCCUCCCAUUCCAUCCCCUUCAUCCCCUUCAUCUCCUUUCCUUCAUCCCCUCCCAUCCCCUCCCAUCCCCUUGCAUCCCCUCGCAUCCCCUUCCAUCCCCUCCCAUUCCCUCCCAUCCCCUCCCAUCGCCUCCCAUCCCACCCCCUUCCAGGAGUUGAGAGCAGCGGGGUGCAAGUCGCUGGCAGAGGGUCGUCGGUUCAUCCAAGCCCAUUACAAGGACAACCCCGCCGCUGCUGCUGCUGCCAUCGCGUGUCUUCCACCCUCCGCAACAGCCAUCAGCACAGCAUCAUCAGGAGGUGCUUCAGCAGCUCUUGACAUCUCCUCCCACCCUGGGUGUGACCUUCUGUCAGUUAAGUUUCAACCAGACCUCUUUCCUUCCUUCCUUCCUCCCUCUGAUCCAUGCAUCCACUUGCCCGUCCUUCUACUUGUGCAUUUCUUCUUGGUCAUGACAAACACUGCCAUCCACCUGCAUGGGAAACGCCAAACUCUGCCAUUUUCUCAGGAGCGUGAGCUGUGCACGCACAUGCGCCUGCUGCCAGCACACUACCUUCGCGCCAAGCAGGUCAUCUUGCAGCAAGCAGCACUCUCAGGAGGCACCAUCUCGCGAGCAGCGGUCAUCUUACAGCAAGCAGCACUCUCAGGAGGGGCCAUCUCACGAGCAGCGGUGCACCGACUCUUCCGCCUGCCCCCCGCCACCACGGAUGCAAUCUUUAGACUACUGCUGGGGGCUGGCUGGAUAGCUGAAGCUGGGGGGAACAGUGCUGGUGGGGUGAUGGGAGGGGCGAUGGGAGGGGGGAUGGUGAAGCAGGAAGGGAUGUGA